CCAACACGGACUACAGUGAGUGCUGAAAGCCGGUAACGCCUCUUUGUUACAAAGUACAACCCGUGUGUGAUUGGAGAGCAGUUUUAUGUGAAGGUUCUCCAGGUGAAAGGACACUCACCGACCACCGUCACACGACACCCGUCUGCUUCGAGCUCCGCUGGGACAACACGGUGUCGUCGGUCGGAUGGGCUUUUGGAAAUACUAAAGGUCUUCUUAAAAUGAGUCGAGACGCCGAAACGAUGGACGCAGAAAAGUCCGGAACUCCGAAACCCACCGCAGACCACCAACAGAAGACGAGGAUUAUUUACGUGGUUUAUAUAAUCGCUGCUCUGGAUAUCACCUGGAUGUUCCUGCAGUUUUCUGUUACUCCUUAUUUGGCAAAGAAACUUGGAUUUGACACGUUGUGGUUUGGUUAUUUACAAACUACAGUUGGUGUGAUUCAGCUGAUUGGGGGUCCCAUGUUUGGAAGGUUUGGAGAUCUGUUUGGAGCUCGAGCUGCCUUGUCUUUAGCAUGUGCAUCAACCAGUGUUUUCUUUGUGCUGCUGGCCUCAGCCACUCAUCCUAUCCUGCUGUUCAUUCACAAACUCCCAACAGUCUUCAUGCACGUUCUUCCUGCCUGUCAGAUGGUCGUCACAGACCUUUCAGAACCAGAGAAACGGGCCGAUGCUUUGUCCAAACUCGGUCUGUGUUUUGGCAUUGGGAUGAUAGCCGGCUCCACGUUAGGAGGAAACCUGAACACACGCUAUGGGGAGACGGUCACUGCACUUGUUGGUGCUGCAGGCAGUGCCUUCAGUUUGUUGCUGGUUAUAAACUUCAUCCCAAAAUCCACUAAAGCUGAGACCUCCGGAAGCAACACCAAAAUUGAGAACCAAAACAAGAAAGUAUUCAGCGUGGGAGAAAUCACCAGGCUGAUGAAGUUUCCAGGAGUUAUGAGGAUUUUUUUGAUUAAAAUCAUCGCAGGUUUGCCUUCAGGCAUAUUUCAGGUAAUGUUUUCCAUCAUCGCACUGGAAUUCUUCAAGCUAGAGCCUGAGCAGAACGGAUACCUGAUGGCCUAUUUCGGCAUCGUUCAAAUGGUUGUUCAAGGAGGAGUGAUCGGUCGACUCACAGCGAGAUAUCCAGAGAAAUCUCUGCUGCUCAUGUCGAUCGGCGUUUCUGCUGGUGUGGGACUGGCUCAGGCCUACAUGCAGACCGUGCUGCAGCUCUGCAUCACUGUCACACCCAUGAUCUUUUCUCUCAGCGUCUUCAACAUCAUCACAGACAGCAUGCUCACCAAGAGCGUCCCGUCCUCAGACACAGGAACGAUGCUUGGACUGUGUGCGUCGGUCCAGUCCCUGGUUCGCACCAUUGGGCCGACGAUCGGCGGCUUCCUGUACGUGAACUACGGCCUUUUCUCCAUCGGCCUGAUCAAGUUCUCCGUGAACACCGCCGUGUUUGUUUUCCUGCUGUGCCUCGGGAACUUGAAGCAGAAGGAGUGAAUGAAAUGUUAGGUUUUUUUAAGUUUUAUUCCUCAUUGUUUGAACUAGAAAAGAGGUGAGGAGGAGCAGAAUGCACUUAAAGUUAGAAACAACUUGUUACUCAGCUUUAUGUUCACAUGUUGCUGUAUUUGACAUGAGACCAGUUCACCUCCUUUGAGUCCAGUCAGAUUUUAUAAACUGUCAAAGCCACCAGAUGGCAGCAAAACCUGCACUUUAAUCACAGGAGCUUCUAGUGCAAAGUCUUUUAAAUAAACUGAAAUUGAUUUAUUGUUAUUAAGAAUUUGUUCCAAAUGACUAUAUAUAAAUAAAUAUGUUAGUAGAAUCUCAUUUUUUUUACAUUUGUAAUUAAAGUUGAUUUUUUAAAUGUU